UUUAAGUAUUUAAAGACAGAAUGAACAUUGUGUUUGAUGUUUUUCAUUGUUGAGACAAAGCACAGCCUGUGAAAUGAGUCUCUAUGAGAAGAGAGAGGAGGAGGAGGAGGAUGUUCAGACACAUAAAGCAGCAUCUCCAGAACCCAGCUGUGUGUCUGUGAAGAGUAAUACAUCCAUGUUAAACCGCCCUGAUCUCAGUGAUGGAGCAGCAACUUCUAACCCUGGAUUGAAAAGACCCAAAGUGACCAGAUCAGUGACACCCUGUCUGACUUGCACUACAGACUCUGACUCUCCGCCUGAUGAAGGUCUGACAGUUAAAGACCGACACAAACCCAGCAUGAAGAACAAAUAUGAGUGCUUACUCGAGGGAAUCAAACUAGAAAAUAAUCAAACCCUCCUGAACAGGAUCUACACACAGCUCUACAUCAUAGAGGGAGAAAGUGAAACAGUAAAUGAAGAACAUGAGGUUUUACAGAUGGAGAAAACACCCAGAACACAACACACUCCAAUCUACUGCAAUGACAUCUUUAAACCCUUACAUCAACCAGGAUGUGAGGAGAAAGACAAAAUCAAGACUGUUCUUACUAAAGGCAUCGCUGGAAUUGGAAAAACUGUCUCUGUGCAGAAGUUCAUUCUGGACUGGACCGAGGGAAAAGCCAAUCAAAAUGUAGAUUUCAUGUUUGUGCUUCCAUUUCGAGAGCUGAACUUGAUUAUAGAUCACCAGUACAGUCUUCACAGACUUCUGCUGAACUUUCAUCCUGAACUUCAAGAUCUGAACUCACAGAUUUAUGAGGAGUGUAAAGUUGUGUUCAUCUUUGAUGGUCUGGAUGAAAGCAGAAUUACACUGAUGUUUUCAGAUGAUAAUAAAAUUUGUGAUGUGAAUGAGUCUUCAUCAGUGGGUGUGUUGAUGUCAAACCUCAUCAGAGGAGAGCUGCUUCCCUCUGCUCUCAUCUGGAUCACCUCCAGACCAGCAGCAGCCAAGCAGAUCCCCUCAGAAUACAUCAACCGUGUGACAGAAAUUCAGGGAUUCAAUGAUCCUCAGAAAGAGGAAUAUUUCAGGAAGAGAAUCAGUGAUGAGCAUCAAGCCAGCAGAAUCAUCUCACACAUUAGAAGAUCAAGAAGCCUCCACAUCAUGUGUCACAUCCCCGUCUUCUGCUGGAUCUCAGCCACUGUGCUUCAAAACCUCCUGAAACAAGAUGACAGUGCAGAAAUCCCUCAAACUCUGACUGAAAUGUACACCCACUUCCUGCUGACUCAGAUCAACAUGAAGAGUCAGAAGUAUGAUGGGAAAGAUCCAGAGAAACCCCUGAAGUCCAGCAGAGAUGUGAUUGUGAAACUUGCUAAACUGGCUUUCAAACAGCUGAUGAAGGGCAAUGUGAUGUUCUACGAGGAGGACCUGAUUGAAAGCGGCAUAGACGUCACUGACGCCUCAGUGUAUUCUGGGAUUUGCACUGAGAUCUUUAAGGAGGAAUCUGUGAUUCAUCAGAGGAAAGUUUACUGCUUCAUUCAUCUGAGCUUUCAGGAGUUUCUUGCAGCUUUAUAUCUGUUUUACUUCCAUGUAGUCAAGAAUGAGGAAUCAGUGACCUUGCUUCUAUAUGAAGAAUUUCAGGGGAACAUUUGUGGAAGCUUUCUGUAUGAGCUAACAGUUGAUAAAUCCCUACAGAGUCAAAAUGGACACCUGGAUCUUUUCCUGAGGUUCCUGCUGGGCGUCUCACUGGAGUCCAAUCAGAGACUCUUACAGGAUCUGCUGACACACACAGUGAACAGCUCAGAGACCAUCAAGAGAAUCAUACAGUACAUUAAAGACAAACUCAAGGCUGAUGAGGGUCUCUCAGCUGACAGAUGCAUCAAUCUGUUCCUCUGUCUGCUGGAAAUGAAGGAUCAGACUCUGUACAGAGAGAUUCAGGAGUUUGUGAAAUCAGAGAAACUCUUGAUGAAUAAACUCUCUCCAUCUCACUGCUCAACAAUUGCCUACAUGCUUCAGAUAUCAGAGGAGGUGCUGGAUGAGUUUGAUCUGAAGAGAUACAACACAUCAGAUGAGGGUAGAAGGAGACUGAUACCAGCUGUGGUGAACUGCAGAAAAGCUCUACUUGCUUGCUGUAAUCUCACUGGUCAGUGCUGUGAAAGUUUGUCUUCAUCUCUACAAUCAUCAAACUCACUGAGAGAGCUGGACCUGCGUCACAAUGACCUGCAGGAUUCAGGAGUGAAGCUGCUCUCUGAUGGACUGAAGAGUUCACACUGUCAACUCAAUACGCUGAGACUUGCUGACUGUAAUCUGACUGAUCAGUGCUGUGAAAGUUUGUCUUCAUCUCUACAAUCAUCAAUCUCACUGAGAGAUCUGGACCUGAGUCACAAUAACCUGCAGGAUUCAGGAGUGAAGCUUCUCUCUGAUGGACUGAAGAGUUCAAAAUGUCAACUCAACAUACUGAGUGUGGAUAAUGGAGGAGAGAUCAGGAUUACAACAGGACUGCAGAAAUAUGCAUGUGAUCUCGCACUGGAUUUAGACACAGCAAACACUUUCCUAACUCUGUCUGAGAGGAACAGAAAAGUGACACAUGUGAGAGAGAAGCAGCCGUAUCAUCGUCACCUAAACAGAUUUGAGUGUCAUCAGAUUCUGUGUGAAGAGAGUCUGUCUGGACGCUGUUACUGGGAGACUGAAUGGAGCGGGAAGGAGGUUUAUGUAUCAGUGGCAUAUAAAGGCAUCAAAAAGGAAGGAUGGAGUAAUGACUGUUUGUUUGGACACAAUGAAAAGUCCUGGAGUCUGAAAUGUUUUAAUGAUGGUUUCACUGCCCGUCACAAUAAUAAGUGUACCGAAAUGUCUGUUCCUUCAUGUCUCUCUAACAGAGUAGGAGUGUAUCUGGACUGGUCGGCCGGCACUCUGUCCUUCUACAGCGUCUCUGACACACACACACUCACACACUUACACACAUUCAACACCACAUUCACUGAACCCCUCUGUGCUGGAUUUGGGUUUUAUUAUUACGAUACUUCAGUGUCUCUGUGUGAGAUCAAACAUCUUCCUGUGAGAAACACAGCUGAGUGAAGAAACACAUUAUCUCUCUUUACCUCUCACAGCUGUAAACUGUUUCUCUCUUAUCUUAUUUUCAGUGUGUAGAAACACACAUUGACCUGUGUUUUUAUAAAGACAUUUGAA